CGCGCGCCAAAGUCCCACCAGAGGUCACCCACGCACUAAAAGCCCGAUAUAGCACGAGGUAUACGCCAGCCGGCGGUUAGUGUCGAACUGGAAGCGGAGGAGAACAGGGCAACCUUUCUAGCGGAGAGUAUACAUCAUCAUCAUCGUCCACUCGUACACGGACAGACGAAAAGAUGGCUCGCUUCAUUCUAACAAUCGUCUGCGGGUUAGGCCUGCUCACGUUCGCCAUGGGUCUGAAAUGCUACAAAUCAACUGCGGGUUCAGACACAAGAACUGAAAUCUCAACCGUGGCUGGCGUCACUGGAGCACCAGCCUGCGAAAUGUGCUUGAAACUCCAAGUGAAAGAUGCUGGCGCGCAGCGGGACUGCAUCCUGGAAAUUCCAGGCAUCGAGGUUGGCUGCACAGAGGCCGGCGACAGCAGUGUCUGCUACUGCAAAUCGGAGCUCUGCAACGGCGCUAGCGCCACCGGCGCUGCGUUUGCGCUGAUCGCUAUGCUCGUGGCGGCAUCUAUUGGUCAAAUGAUUUAACGUAAAAGUUUGUGAGGUGAUUACAGGAUCACAUCUUAUUAUACGAUGAGCAUAUUUGAGAAAAACGUGUUUCUUAAAGUACGUAAUAACGCUACUACCUAAAUAACAACGAGAACUAUACAUAAUUAUACAUAUAUCGUCAAACUCAAAUAGGACGUAUAAUGCACACGUGAUAACUGCGUUUUCAUAUUGAAAUAAAAAAAUUUGCUGCCACUAUUUACUGUGACAUCGUCAUUUUCGAAAUUAGAAUUUUAAUAAAAACGGUAGUACAAUUUUCGUAUGGA